CCGAGCAGGGCUGGAGGAGGAGAGCGGGCAGAGGGGGAGCCGCCAGCCCCGUGCAGGGGCUCGGGGAGCGGAGCGCAGGGGGAGCCGCCAGUCCCGGGCUCGGGGAGGCGAGCGUGCAGCGCGGGGGAAGCCGCCGAGCCGCCCUCUCCCAGCCUGACUCGGUGCAAAUCAUUGUUUGGCUCCGGCAUUAACUACAUUCCAGCGGGACGCAGCGCCCAGUCUCCUUCCUCGCAUUCCUGCCCCACACAAAGGAGUCCGCGCAGCCCCCGCUCGGGGCCGGCCGGGGGCGCGGAUCCCUCCGCGCGGCCAUUGGCUGCCCCGCCACUUAUUUAAGGCUGCGGAGGGACGUGGGGGCUCCGAGUCAGCGCCGCCGCGAUGCCGCCGGGGUGACCGCAGCCCCGGGAGCCGCUGCCCAGCCGGGACCGGCCUUGGUUUAGGGUGCUUUGGGGCCUUUUUUUUUUUUUUUUCAUUGUUUUUCCUUCUUCUCCUCCUCCUUUUUUUUUUUUCCUUUCCCUGCUGCGGGCUGCGCAGAGUUCGCCUUCCCUCCUCCGCCCCGCCGGGCUCCGGCCGAGCAUGGAGAAGUACGAGGAGGACCUGGCACUGAAGGCCACCAAGCUGAUGGAGGAUCUGUGCCUCUACGAGCCCUGCCCGGAGGGUCCGUUCAGCCGGGGCGGCCGCCGGGACCCGGAGGAGACCCAGCGGGGCAUCCCGGGGGAGCCGCGGGCGCGGCGGAUGAACGGCAGCGCCGAGCCCCCCUGCGGCAAAGCCUGCCCGCCGUGCUGCGAGGGGGGGCUCUGCACCCGCUCCGAGGUGGCCCUGCCCUGCUACAGCGGCUUCGCCGACAAGGGCAAGCGCUACCCGGCCGAGGGCUACCGCUACGCCGCGGGCAGCGCCUUCGAGCCCGGCGGCUACGUGGCCAAAGGCGGCGGCGGGCGGGGGGACGGCAAGUACGGCGCCGCCAGCCCUCGGUCCAGCCUGGCCGCUGCUUGUCCCGGCCCUGCUGGGGAGCACGGCAAGUUCUCCAGCCUGGCUGCCUCUUCUCCCGGUGCCACCGCUGAGCACGGCAAGUUCUGCAGCCUGGCCGCUUCCUCUGGCCCCGCCGGUGACCACGGCAAGUUCUCCAGCCCUCGCUCCAGCCUCGCCGCCUCUUCUCCCGGUCCCACCGCCGAGCACGGCAAGUUCUCCAGCCCCCGCUCCAGCCUGGGCGGCGCGGCCGCGUUGCCCUACGAGAAGUUCUCCAGCCCCCGCUCCAGCCUGGUGGUGCCCGGGCAGGACAAGUUCGGCAGCCCCCGCGCCAGCCUGGUGCAGUACGACGGCUCAGCUCUGAGCCCGCGCUCCAGUUACGCCAGCACGGCCAGCGACACCAGCAAGCACUCCAGCCCCCGCGCCAGCCUCACCAGCUACGACGGCAGCAAACCCAGCAGCAACCGCACCAGCGGCAUCAGCAUGGGCUACGACCAGCGCCACGCCAGCCCGCGCUCCAGCACCGCCAGCCAGUACUCGUGCACCACCAGCCCCCGCUCCAGCUACUCGGGCGGCGCGGAGCCCGAGGGCAGCGCCGGGCUCGCCCUGGCCAGCCCCCGCUCCAGCCUGGGCGCCGCGCUGGUCAGCCCCCGCUCCAGCAUCUCCAGCCAGAGCUCGCGCAGCUCCCGCGGCUCCAUGAGCGCCUACCCCGAGCCGCAGCUGCCCUCGCCGCGCUCCUCGCUGCAGGAGGACGGCGCCCUGCCCGAGCCGGGGGACGCGUACCUCAAGCUGCGGGCGCAGUCCCCGCCGCGGCACGAGCCGCAGCCCCCGGAGCCGCCGCCCUUCGCCUACAGCCCCACCAAGGGCUCCAAGUUCAAGCUGCCCUACCAGGUGACGCCGUGCAGGGAGAGCGGCCCCAGCCAGGCCGAGAGGCGGCUGGAGGCGCUGACGCUGGAGCUGGAGAAGGAGCUGGAGAUGCACAUGAAGAAGGAAUACUUUGGUAUUUGUAUAAAAUGUGGAAAAGGUGUUUAUGGAGCGAGCCAGGCUUGCCAAGCAAUGGGUAACCUCUAUCACACCAACUGCUUCACGUGCUGCUCUUGUGGGAGAAGACUACGCGGAAAAGCGUUCUACAAUGUCAAUGGCAAAGUGUACUGUGAAGAAGACUUCCUAUAUUCAGGUUUCCAGCAAACGGCAGACAAGUGCUUUGUUUGUGGACACCUCAUAAUGGAAAUGAUCUUGCAGGCCCUUGGAAAGUCAUACCAUCCGGGCUGCUUCCGCUGCGUGGUGUGUAAUGAGUGUUUGGAUGGAGUCCCCUUCACUGUAGAUGUGGAGAACAAUAUUUACUGUGUCAAAGACUACCAUACGGUUUUUGCACCAAAAUGUGCGUCUUGUAACCAGCCGAUCCUCCCAGCACAGGGCUCCGAGGAGACCAUUCGGGUGGUGUCAAUGGACAAAGACUACCAUGUGGAGUGCUAUCACUGCGAGGAUUGUGGGUUGCAGCUCAAUGAUGAGGAAGGCCAUCGUUGUUACCCGUUAGAAGGCCACUUGCUCUGCCACAGCUGUCAUAUCAGGCGCCUUAAUAUUAAACUGCCAUCACAUCCACCUCCGAGCUAUCCGAUGCAUGUCACAGAACUCUGAAAGACAUUUCCAUUACCAGUAAGCUGUUUGGAAGAGAAGACAAAAAUCUAAAAAUGACUUUUCUGUUCCUUCAAAGACAAGAUUCCAGUUAAUAAUGAUUUAAACCAGCUAUUUAUUUUUUAAAUCAGAGGUGAGGGGUCCUUUUCUGAUCUUGUACAUAUGCAUUCUUUUAUCUAGGCAUUUUCUGGGACACCGUCUACUUGAAAAAUAAUUCACCCCUAAACUGUAAAUGGCAGCAUUUCUAAAAACAAUGGUACAAAGGGCUGCUCUGCACUUCCUACUCACUCUCCUUCAGUGGAGAUUUCACCCAAGUAAGGAGUGUAGAAUUGAUUUCCAAAAGUUAGCACCUUAUCAUACUGCAGCAAGCAUGAUAAGAUAAAUGCUAGCAUUUUAGCUAGUUUUGUUGAAUUCUGGUCUUAGAGAAUACAGUCUCACAUUUUUUUAAAACUUAGACUCCCAGAAAUAGCGAAGAGGAAGCAAACAAGUGUGAUGAGCAAUGACAGUUUUCAGCAUGGGUUCAAAAUGGCAUCUGAAGAAAAGUCAAGCCAGCUUUCCAUCCUAUCAAGGUUCCACAGCCAUCCAAAGACUAUUUACCUUGUUUAAAGAAACAUGGCAAGCAAUUCACGUAAAAGCCACACUACAGAGGAAUAUAUCCAAAAGAUUGGCACGUGCAGGGUUGUUAACAGCUGGCAAAGUUGCAGACCUCUGCAAUUGCUUGUCACGUACAAGCGUAGCCACAGUUUUAAAAUGCAUUCAUACCAACUUGAUGAUUUGGCACUUAGUAAACAGUUCAUCUUUUAAACCUGUUCUUUGUUUAAUAAGUUUAGCAGCCCCUUUCUAUGCAAAGGUACACCUGUCUUUAUACUACUUGUUUUAUACAAGACAUCAUUUGUUACCAACUGCUUUAUGAUUGUAUGCUGAUACAUUAUUAAAAAAAAGAGGGGGACUGUUUUUUGCAUUCUCUUUUCAGCUUUGUGUUCUUUUCUAAAUGUACUUUCAGACUGAUUACAGUGAUUGUCUUCACUGGAAAACAAAGUACAGUUUAACAGAAAUAAUAAUUUAGGGAGUCAGACCAUUGAAGCCUUUAUAUUUUAUAACAAGUAUUAGAUGUACAUAGAAUGUACACACUUUCAUAUUUUGCAUAAGCUUUUACAGUGACCUCAGAGCUCUGGGGAAAUAUAUAUGUCUUCCAUAUAGGAAGUUAGAUGAAUCUUUUUUAUGGUUUGUUUUCUACCAUGUGUUGAUGAUUUACAUGCAAAUCACACAUCUGUAUGUUUAAAAAAAUUCCUCACAUUGUCAUAAGAAUUGAUGCAGCCUUCCUGAAUUUAUAUUAUAAAUAAACCCAUCAUUGCUGUCCUUAAUUUUAUCCAAAAUCACAAUAAAAUAAAAUUCUUCUGCUCCAGAGAAAUACCAGACCAGAUUCUCCGCAUGUGUAAACUGGGACAUUUCUAUGCCAGUUCUCAACACGUUGAGAAUCUGACCAGUCCAUUCGUAAAUGAUCCCACGUUAAAUUCAGCAUGGAGGCUGAUGAAAUGACUUAUUUGGCAACACCAUAGCAGUUUGGUUUCUUAUGCUCCAUUGAUUUUUUGAAAGCCGUUUGUGGUGCUCUUGAAAAGUACAAAGAGCAUCCAAUGGACAUUAAUUCCUCAGUGGAAUAAUUAACUCCCUUAACAGAACUUUUUGAUAGUCUGGAAUUUCCUUAUGGGGAAAGGGGAGGGGGGCAGGCAGAUUUCCUGUGAGCUAUUUUUUUCUGUUAGUAAGGAACAAAAGGUAUGGUUCCUGAACUUUUGCCAAACUUCCCUUGGCCUAGAUUAACCUGUCCUACUGAAUGCUCCUUGGCAAGUCAGAUGCUCCUUUAAAAUGUCAUUUCCUAACUAAUAUAUGUCAGUUUAUAGUUAACAUAUUUAAUACGAUAGCCUCGGUUUGAAGGAACUACAGUGCAACCAAUGCCCAUUCCUGCAGUGGGACCCAAGAGGCCUGGCCUGCAGGAGAAAGGGCACUGGGUGCACGCAGGCUUCUGCAUUUGCAAACAUUACCUCUGCAUCCAUAGUCACCAGCCCAGCCUCAGAAGGAAGCGGCAGUACCUGUGCUUCUUGCCCAAAGAGCAAAUGCUAGAAUAGGGAAAAAAAAGAUUCUUAAAUUGGGUUGUAUGAGUAGGUCAAUUUCUUAAGGUCAUUACAAACAUUGAAGGUAUCGGAGCUUCAGGAUAAACUUUCAGCAUCAGCUGCAAUGAAAUACUUUUUCUAUUUAAGGAAGUUGCUUUGGACCACAGUUAGCUUUGAGGCAUUUUUACUUAUUUGUCAUAACAAUAUGCUCAUUAAAGGAAUUCAAAUUAAGGAAACAGUCAUUAAAAUACACAGGGAAGGCUUGGGUCUGUUCCUGUGAGCAAGUCAUCCCAUAAUAGUAGUCCAUGUACUGGAAAAAUGCUUUGCUUUGCCAGUAUGGAAGCAGAACUUUCAAUAUCCUGGAGAUGGAGGCGACUUUCUCUGGCACUCAGCCUUCUGCCGGUGCCUUCCUUAGCGCUUUGCCUCCUUCAGAGACAAGGUGGAGUUUCCACUCCAACAUACUUCUCCAGGGCCAGCGUGGUAUAUCUAACAUGUACGUACCAUACCUUUUCUUCUUUCAUGAAACUGAUCGUACCUGUAGAACAGAAUAUUUCAUUUCAUUUCACAUGGUAAUUUAUCAGUCUCUUGUAGUUCUACUCAGCUCCAAUGUUUAAAGUAUCAUCACGGUAAUAACAUCAAAAGGUAAUAUUCAAUAUAGAAUAUGCAGUUUGCUUAAAACCAGAAAGCAGCAGUUGUUCCAGUAUUUUCUAUAGGCAGGUGCAUUCUAUUACUGUCUAUAAUAGAGUGCAGCUUUGCUUUUCCAGCAUUUGGUAUAAAAACUGGAACUCGGGUGAAAUUUUCCAUUUUUUUUUCAAUCAAAGAGAAAAAACAUAAUCUAAACUAACGAUGUGCUGUACCUCUUUAGAGCUAGUGACACUUUCUGCACAUUUUACCUCCUGUCUGGGGAAUUAUGUAAAUGAGAAAGCUUCCUUGAACGAUUUUCUUAAGGAUUAUUCUUAUUUUAAAUCAGUUCAACACAGAUGUACACUUUCUAGAGUUGAUGUUAUGAUGUGAUUGUUAGUCAGUAGCCUUUGCUGUACUUCUUCCAUAAAGUUAAACCAAUAACAACUUGUUCUCAUUUGCAUCAGGACUACAACUUUCCAUUUGGGUAAGAAAUUGUACAGAGCCCCUAAAACCUAAAGCUGUGGUAGGCGACUCCAAGUCCCUUGUGCACUGGAGGACGCGUUCCAAAGAAAGGACCAAAAUAAGAAUUUGAAAACAAAACAAAAGAACACGCUUAGAUAAUUGAGCUUUCAAAAAGGGGUUGUUUGGGUUUCUUUCCUUUUCCUUUCACUUGUGUGCACGUGCGUGUGUAUAUAUUUUGUAAGGUGGAGCUUCAAAAGGAAAACAUGGUUAGAGGAGCUCUUUAAGACCAGAAAUUCCAGAGUAGUUAAGUAAACCAAAGCUCUAAAGGAGACAAAAGCUGCUUUCUUGUGUUUCAAGAAAAGUUUAAAAGUUUGUGAUUCAUCCUGUAACUAAUGCCGUAACUAGAGUAUAUAAUUUGACUUAAAUUAAGUUUUCAUUUGAGAAAUAUUUUCAUUUUCUUUAAAAGAAUAUAGUUUUCUUCCAAGAACUUGGACCAACAUUGAUUUUUAUUUUGUAGGAAAUAUAUAAAUUCCCAGUUUGUAUAUCAUGUAACUAGUUUACAUGCUGAAAAUAUACGUUAGGUUAACUAUUUUUGUACAUAUACCCUUGUAAAACCUUUCAAUGUGCUUCUGUCUUUUAGUCUUUAGAAUGACUUGUGGUUUUGUGUUUCAGUGUUUGAUUCCCUUGAUUGUUGAAGAAAAAAAAAUUGGGAAAUGUAGAUUUAUUUAUCUAAAGAAGAAGCUACUUGCUAUCAUCCUAAGUUAUUUAAUAUUAAAAGUCAGAAAGUUUCAUUUAACCUUAGAUGCUAUAAUCUGCUUUUUUCAAUAAAG